AUGGCUGCGUCCAUGGUUUUCCGAAAUACAAGACAAUAUUUACGUAAUAUUCAAUGUAUUUCGAGGACAUCAGUACGUGGUGCCAAAGAUUUCAAGUUGGCUGAAGCUGGUGUAUUUCAUGUAUUUUUACCAAUGUUGCCACCAGACACAGAAGAGACCAACACAUUCAUGGAUUAUAAAAACUAUCCAAAUAUGUCAGAGAUCACUCCUGCUAAAAUGUUGACAGGAACUGUGAAACGUUCUAUCUUAUAUCACACAGAAGUUGGUAAUCUGAUGUUUGAACUGAAAGAUUCAAAGAAAAAGAAGACAUUCAAUGAAAUAUUUGGAUGUAUUGAGAACAUUUCUAUUCCUUUGAAUUUUGCUGAAACCUUAACAGAAUUGUGUUGUUUCUUAUCAAGAGACGGCGAGUUCAUGUCAGUGAAAGAAAGGUUAAGGCCACAAACUGUAAUGAGUAGAGUUGAAAGAUUCAGAAGUGAAGCCUUUUAUGAUACAAUUAGGGAAAUGAAAGUGAAUCAAGAAUUAGAUGAAUAUCAAACUACAUUAGUCAAUUAUUAUUUACACAAUAUGGUCAUAAAUGGUGUACAUCUAGGCACUGAGAAAAAGAAAUAUUCCAAUGCUGUAGACUAUUAUGAAAAUUUGUGUCAAACAUAUAGGCAUUUAGUAUAUAGGUGUGAUGAAAUCUAUGUUAAAGUCAUCUAUGAUUUUAGAAUUCUACAAGAUGUUCCUCUUGAUGUUUUAAGAGCAACUGCAGUAGAUGGUCGCACCCCACACAGAGGACCCUGGCGUUUAACAUUUCAUAAAGAUAUUUACCAUGCCAUUAUGAAAUACUGUUCAGAUAGACCUACUAGAUGUAUAUUAUAUGGUGAUUAUAUGCAGAGAUGUGGUAUUGGCUAUCAUGGUACUAAUAUUUGUACCAGAGAUGUCCUUGAAAAUCUUCUGAAUCAAACGGAUAUUAAUGCUACUAUAUUAGGGUAUAAUUCGUAUGCUGAACUUUCUCUGGAUUCUAAAAUGGCUGGUUCUGUUGACAAUGUUAAAGCUUUGUUUAGAUUGUAUAACAAGGAGUUAUAUCCAGAAGUAAUAGAGGAACUAGAGGAGCUGCAAGAGUUUGCUAAAUCUUGUGGUUUUCCUCAUAAGUUAGAAAUGUGGGAUGUAGAAUAUUUUAGAAAUCUUCAAGCAAAUCAUUUAUAUCCAAUAGAUGAAAAUGUUGUGAGUGACUACUUCGCUUUAUCAAGUGUAGAAGAAAAGUUUUUCGGUCUAUGCGAGUCACUAUUUGGUAUUACAAUAAAGGAGGUAGAAUGUGAUGAGAAUCAUAUAUGGUUGCCAACUGUUAAACUAUAUAAGAUAUACAAUACUGAUGGUGAGGAAUUGGCUUCUUUUUUCUAUGACCCACAUGAAUAUCCAACUAAAAUCCAAAGAAGUGAGGUUAUGUUUGGUAGAGAUCAGAGUGAGAUAUUGGAUGUUAAACCAUUUGCUACUAUAUCAUUAUCUUUAUCACAAUCUACCAUACCAGAUACACCAACAACCAUGACAUUUGAUCAAGUUACAGAGUUUUUCUUUUUAUUUGGAAAAGCUUUCCAAAAGUUGUUAGCUAAAGUACCAUAUGCUGAAUUGGCAGAUUUACAAGUCAUGGAAGUAGAUGCUAGAGAUAUCUGUGGAAAUUUUUUUAAGAAGUUUUGUUAUGAACCUUUCUUUUUACAACAAAUAACGAGCCAUAUAGAUACUAAACAACCAAUGCCAAUGGAACUUGUAGAAUCAUUAAUAAAAAAUAAAAGACAUUUUGAGAAAUGGGAUAUAGUUAGAUUGUUGUACUACAGUGAAGUAGAUAUAGAAUUGUAUACAACAGAUGAUGAAUGGAACGUCAUAAUGGCUAGAGCCUGGAAGAAGUGGAACCCAUUUCCUUUCAACAAUGGUUACACAGAAAUCUUUGCUCUUUCUGAUAUUGUAUGCAAUGACCAUAAAGCAGCGUAUUACUCACAUGUCUGGUCCAAGAUGGUUGCUGCUGAUUUAUUCAGAGCAUUUCAAGAAGCAGAGCUUGAAAAUCAGACAAAAAUGGUUGAACUUGGAAAAAGAUUUAAAGAUACCUAUCUGACAUUAGGAUGUGGUGUGCCUGCUAGUGAAGUGUUCAGACGCUUUAGAGGUCGUGACCCCAGUUUCAAAAUUCUUCUAGAAGAAAUGGAUAUAGAGGAUGAUAAGCUUUUAUCUAGUGGAUAAUCUUCCUAAACUAGCAAUCUGUUAGUGGUUACAAAAACAAAAUGUGCUGCAUUGUGAUAGACAAAUUCGCCUUCCAAGUGUCAGAAUUGUGUAUGAAAACACGAUGAACUGUGACAGGCAUGAGAAAAGAAUUGAAGCAUGUAUAUAACUGAUCAGUUUGAUCAAAUAGAGUUUCUAUGUGGAAAUUUUGUGUGUAGUUGGGAGUAAAAAAGUGAUUGUGAUGGACUACAAACCAAAUGCUAGCUUAAAGAUGGGUUUCCUUAUUUUUUUUAGUGUCAAAUUAAGCAAACUAUUUGAUUAAUUGGUGUUUCU